AAUCUAACCACCAAUACAAUUUACAAUCUACUUUUACUUACACAUCUCACUUUCUUAAUCCUCUCCUCCAACCAACCCCGAAACUCCGUGCCGAGUAUACGUACGUGUGCGUGUGCCUUAGCUUCUGAUCCUUUUGACUUCACAAUCGUGCCAUUGUCUUUUCCCAAUCGCAAGCGAUCGAUCUCGAUAGAUUUGUUUAAAUUUCUAAACAAUUAAGUCAAAAUGGCGGAUAAGGAGCUUACCUAUCAGGAUGUUGCCGAGCACAACACCAAGAAGGAUCUCUACCUCGUUAUCCACGAUAAGAUCUACGAUACCACCAAGUUCAUCGAUGAGCAUCCCGGUGGUGAAGAGGUCCUCCUAGAUGUCGGUGGUCAGGAUGCGACGGAAGCUUUCGAAGAUGUCGGCCACAGUGACGAAGCCCGCGAGACCCUCGAGCAACUCCUAGUCGGUACCCUCAAGCGAAAGCCCGGUGACCCGUCUCCCAAGGCUCAACAAGCUUCCCUCGCACCCGCUGCCAACACGGACUCGGCCGGUUUAGGUACUGCUCUAUACGCUAUCGUCUUCAUUGGAGGAUUGCUCGCCUUCGGUGCCUACCAAUACCUGCAAGCGCAGCAAGGCAAGGAGGCAUAGGGGAUCCAUAUGUCCCGCUCCAAAUGAUUUGGGAUGAUAGAAUAUACUGGGCGAUGAGGUGAUGAGAUGAUUGAUACUUUCCUGAGAGCAUACCUGUUACCAAUGUUUAAUAGAUUCGAGGCCGGUUGGUUCUUCAUACAUAUUGCUCAAUGCUAUGACUUUAACAGGCUGUUUGGUUUACGAAGAGCUGGGAGUCUAGGUAGUGGGAAAUACAACACUUAUUUAACUGGUAGAGUUGACUGACCGAAGCAGGGCUGUCACUCUAAGAACAGGCAGUUUUAAUAAAUCCGACGAUCGAAAACUAAACAGGGUCCCUAAUAUCGUAUUAUUCAUACGAUGAAUUCAAACAUUAAUAUAUCAAUUGAUGUAACAUAAAUGUCAUUGUCACUUGGUUUUCCCUUUGCCCAACCAUCCUCGAUUUAUUCUAAUUUAUUUGGUAUUCGAAUUGAAAUGAAGGUCAACAACUUCUGACUGGAUAUUCUUA